CACAAGCGCAGCAAGUCCGGAGGGAUUCUGGGCAGUCUUUCAUUCCUGAGGUCAAAAAAUGUCGGAAGAAAACCAGUGCUGAAGCUGGAGGUAGAUGAUGAAGGUCAGAUGGAGGACACAGAGUCUAUACAGGGACGCUCCUCCCUUGCGACUGCCUUGCGCCAGAAUGGGCAGGCUCGAAAGAGAAAAGGUUCACUGAGGAAGGCAGCCAUGGCGAAGAUGCGCGAACGCAGUGGCUCGCUGCGCAAGGACCGGACGCCUGUGAAGCCGCCCAUCAUCACCACGACCAUGAGCACGACUUCGCUCGAAGACGACGACACGACUCCCCGCCGCUUCAGCUACGAGAACGCUCCUCUCAACUCGUCCUCAGAUAGUGGAUGGCUGUUGCCUGAAAGCACGCUGUCUCAGUCUACGCUUGCACCUGGUCUUGAAGCUGCUGAACGCCCGCGACUCCUCGCAUCGCCUAUUACAAGCCCAGUCGGCCCAUACGCAUCAACGACAGACGAAGACGAAGCACUCUCAUUUUAUCGACCUCCAAUGUCUGGAAGCAGCAACACUCUGUACAGCCUGUCUGCGCAAGACCCCACCGUUCAGCGCCGGCGCUCAAAUCGAUCUGACCGACGAACAUCGCUGACGACAGUCCAGACGCCCGCGGACCUCGAGGCCGAAGACGAAUGGGACUACAGUGAGACAGAGUGGUGGGGCUGGGUUGUGCUCAUUGUGACAUGGGUUGUUUUUGUGGUAGGAAUGGGCUCGUGUCUUGGAGUCUGGAGCUGGGCUUGGGAUGUUGGUGAGACGCCGUAUGCGCCGCCGGAACUGGAAGACGAUGAGUCGCUACCCAUUGUGGGAUACUACCCGGCGCUGAUAGUGUGUACGGCGGUGAUGAGCUGGGUUUGGGUGGUGAUAGCGUGGGUGGGCAUGAAGUACUUUCGACAUUCGAAGAUG